ACUGUUUCAGAAUACAUGCAUGUUCCCCUCUGUUUUUCCAGGCAGAAGAAGCUGGAGAAAGUCAUGGAUGAGGAAGGCUUGAUAGAUGAAGAGAAGGUCAUGCGACGCUCCCAGCACGCCAGGAAGGAGACAGAGUUCCUGCGGCUGAAGAGGACCCGGCUGGGCCUGGACGACUUUGAGUCACUAAAGGUCAUUGGUCGAGGCGCUUUUGGAGAGGUCCGCUUGGUGCAGAAAAAAGACACCGGGCACAUAUAUGCCAUGAAGAUCUUGAGGAAAGCUGACAUGUUGGAGAAGGAGCAGGUGGCUCAUAUUCGGGCAGAGAGGGACAUCUUGGUGGAGGCGGACGGGGCCUGGGUGGUCAAGAUGUUCUACAGUUUCCAGGAUAAGAGGAACCUAUACCUCAUCAUGGAAUUUCUACCUGGAGGUGACAUGAUGACCCUGCUGAUGAAAAAGGACACCCUGUCUGAAGAGGCUACCCAGUUCUACAUAGCUGAGACKGUCCUGGCCAUCGACUCCAUCCACCAGCUGGGUUUCAUCCACAGAGACAUCAAACCUGAUAACCUGCUUCUGGACUCCAGGGGCCAUGUAAAGCUGUCUGAUUUUGGUCUGUGUACGGGACUGAAGAAGGCCCACCGUACAGAGUUCUACAGGAACCUCACACACAACCCUCCCAGUGACUUCUCCUUCCAAAACAUGAACUCAAAGAGAAAAGCAGAGACGUGGAAGAAGAACCGGAGGCAACUGGCCUACUCCACAGUGGGAACACCAGACUACAUUGCCCCAGAGGUGUUCCUGCAGACGGGAUACAACAAGCUCUGUGACUGGUGGUCUCUGGGGGUCAUCAUGUAUGAGAUGCUGAUAGGGUACCCCCCGUUCUGUUCUGAAACACCCCAGGAGACGUAUAGGAAGGUGAUGAACUGGAAGGAGACCUUGGUCUUCCCCCCUGAGGUGCCCAUCUCAGAGCGGGCCAAGGACUUGAUUCUCAGGUACUGUAAUGACGCUGAGAACCGUGUUGGUGCUGUGAGUGUUGAGGAGAUGAAGAGUCACGCCUUCUUUGAGCCUGUGGACUGGGAACACAUCAGGGAAAGACCAGCCGCCAUCUCCAUUGAGAUCAAGAGCAUCGAUGACACAUCGAACUUUGAUGAGUUCCCAGAAUCGGACAUCCUUCAGCCAGUUUCCAACGUGACGGAGCCAGACAAAUCCAAGGACUGGGUGUUCCUGAACUACACCUACAAGAGGUUUGAGGGGCUGACUCAGCGAGGCACCAUCCCCACAUACAUGAAGGCCUGAGAUGAGGAGGCCAUGAGGGAAAUGGGAGAGACAAUGUAGACACAGGGUUGGGCGGUAAACACCUGCUGUGCUGAAAGCACAGGAUCAAGAAUGAUGAUGAGGAGGAGGUUCUUGGCUUCAUGCUUCACCGGGGUUUUCCUGCUUGGCCACAUCCAUUGGGGCACCAACGGCAAGGGAUAUAAAUAAUACAUGUAUGUAUUUUGUCUUAGGCCUUGCUUGGGCUGUUAAAGGGGAAGUUUGUGUUUUACAACUUGAUGUUAGAUGGUUCCUCAACCUGAAAAAAACUGAACUUCCCCUUUGAAGUGACUACUACUAGGUGACUAAAUCAACGGGCGCGUUCUUCUGCCCAGGCGUUACUGAAGUGUGCCAGAUCUUACAACACUUGGAUAGGUAUUUUACCUAUUGGCUAACCACAUGUUAUAGCAAUCUGGUGCCCGACGGCGGAGUCGAUGACGAGGUAUGCAACCAUUGGUUGAUGCAACGUCUGAGCAGGGGAACGCGACCAUCAUAUCUGCAUGUUUACACACUGAUUUGCAGGGUCUAAAACGCUGGAGAAGGACUGCCCCACACACAGGGUAUUCGUUUGGGGUUAUCCUAGUGACCUCAUGUAUGACUGCAGAAAAAUGCAUGUAGUUAAUGUUAAGUAAACGUUGUUUGCUGAACUUGUAGGUAUAAAAAGUUCUAACGUUUCAAGUCUUUUAUGGUUGCCAUGUUAGCCAAAAAGUUUCAUGCUAGUUACAAUGCAAAUAGUAAUCCUUCCGUCAUGGAACGUUCGCUGCUAACAUGGAAUAUGGUGAGCCAUCCGUACAUGUAUCUAUGGCUCUGGGAUUAAUCCAUUGUGGUGUCUAUUCAAUGCCUUGAUAAUCUGGAAUUUAAUAGCUCAAAAUUAUUUAAUGUAAUGUAGAAGCAGAUUUGUUUUUGCAAGUUAGAGGACAAGUCAUGGAUGUCAAUGGAAAUUCAAUGCUACUAAUACUUAAAGGUUGCAAUAUGAUGUAGAUGCAGAAAGUAAACAGUAUAUUGGAUCAAUUUCCGCAACAA